AGCAGCAGCAGCAGCAGCAGCAGCUUUGGAUAAAAGACGAAAACAACACCUCGGCCGGGUGUUUCAUCUGCCCCCUUUAUCGGUGCCACAUCGGUGGUGGCCGUGGCAGGGCCAUUGGCGUAUGACGCUUCCAUCAGUGUCCAUCCUUCGCUUCGCGUAACACUCGCACCGAACAGAUCAGGAUUCGGUGCGUGUGCCCGCGUGUGUGUGGUGCCCGUUUUAACGGUGCAGUGAGUAAAGUCCUCCGGUGCCCGGGCGCUUUCCAUUCGUGAGCGUUUUUCUCGUCCGUGUCUGGUACGUGGUGCAUCUCGUUCAUCAUCAUCAUCCUCGACGUUGGUCCGUUCGUUCAUAGCCGAGCAAAUGGCAAACGUGGCGCGUGGCACCUUCGAUCUCCAAGGCCUUGAUCCGGUCGGCAAAGCAAUAGCAGCACCAGUGGACAGACGCCUCGCAUCGUCGACGACGCCUCAGCCUUCCAGCGAUCAAGACAAUCAACCGGCCGUCAUACACUACGUUAACCCGUUCGUUCACAAACUCGUAUGGGACGACCCGAUUGACAAACUGAAGACUGCCCUGCUCACAGUUUUCCUGCUACCCUUCCGGGUGAUGCUGAUUCUGGUAUGCCUUUCCAUGGCGUGGACACUAGCUCACAUCGGUCUUUUCGGGCUUUCGGCGGAAGAUCUGCGGACGAAGCCGCUGAGCGGUUGGCGCCGCCAGCUGCGUCACCUCACCGCCCUGGUGAUGCGCGCCUUGUUCCUGUGCGGCUCGUUCAACUUCAUCCGGUACAAGGGAGCGCGGGCGUCCCCGAAGGAGGCACCGGUGAUCUGUGUCGCCCCGCACACCUCCUUCUGCGAUUCGAUCGCUGUCGUCGUCUGCGGUCCGUCGGCCGUCGUCGCGAAGUACGAGACAGCGUCACUGCCAUUCUUCGGAAAGUUGAUCGACUACGCGCAGCCGAUCUACGUGUGCCGCGAGGAUGCGCACUCGCGCCAGACCACAAUCCGUGAGAUCAUCCAGCGGGCCAGCUCGCCCGAGGACUGGCCCCAGAUACUAAUCUUCCCCGAGGGAACCUGCACCAACCGGACGUCGCUAAUCCAGUUCAAGCCGGGUGCAUUCUACCCCGGCGUGCCGAUCCAGCCCGUGCUGAUGCGCUACCCGAACAAAAUCGACACCGUCACCUGGACCUGGGAGGGCCCGGAUGCAUUGCAGCUGCUGUGGCGCACGCUAACCCAGUUUCAUACGUUCUGCGAGAUCGAGUUUCUGCCGGUGUACCAUCCGAGCGAAGCGGAGAAGGCGGACCCGAAGCUGUACGCGCGGAACGUGCGCAACCUGAUGGCCCGGGCGCUCGAUAUACCGAUCUCGAAUUACACCUUCGACGACUGCAAGCUGAUGACGUUCGUGAAGAAUGUACGUAUGCCGUACGCGGCGUCCAGUGCCGACAUCAGCAAGCUGCGCAAAACGCUGCGCCUGGACGAACGAAAUCCCGAGCUGGCAAUCGUGCGCCAGGAGCGAGAGUUUAGCGGCCAAAACAGUUUCGUUGCACUGGCGACGUUCGCCCAGCGGUUGACGAUACCGGCGAAAGAUGAAUCGACGAUUGGACUUUUUAAAGUCUUCCUCAAGACUUCAGAUAGCAGCGUGAUUGACUUCAGGGAGUAUCUGUUGCUUGCCCUGUUUCUGAUCACACUGUACACCCCGAAGAUGGCAUUCGUAGAAGGGCUAUUUCACCUGUAUGGUGUCGAUGGGCGCGUCAAUCGGGAGCAGCUUUACGAUACGCUGAAGUAUCUCGUACGAAUCUCACGUCAGGAAGUGGACAACAUUUUUAUCGCCAGUGACCCGGCAAACUCGGGAUCGAUCGAUUUCGGCCAGUUUUGCGCGACGGUAGAGCGCAUGCCGCCAUUACACAGCAAGCUGCAGAAGAACAAUGAUCCCAACAACCUGCACUUGGGAUAGGAAGACAGAAUCGGGAACGUGUUGAUGCAGCAUUAGCAUCAUCUCUCAGAACCAUCAACCGCAGCUCAUCGCGUAUACUGGCACUAACAUUCCUUAUUGAUUGCGUGUUGCCUUUGUUUUUACGCGCUUUCCUCGGUUCCCCUCCCCUUUCAUUCAAUGAUUGGUCUCGAUGGUUUGCCACUCGUAGCGGUUGGUAGCAGGUAUUGGCAAUAGUGUUAGGCAAAGAAAAUUGGUAAUCUCCUGAUCAGUCGGAAAUCUCGGGGACCAAAAAUUAUUCUGCUCACCACUUCGCUCGGACUCGGCUGAGAGGUUUUUCACCAGCUUUGGCUAGAAUCCACGUUUCAGAGGCGUAUGUGAGUACUAGAGCUGUACGACUUCUGGGUAACCCUUCGUCCAUCUCGGAACGAGAUGCGAGUGAAAUAGUUUCUUUAGACUGUUGGCUGCUAGCAGUAGCAGCGUGAAUCUCCUAUGUUGUGUCGUUGUCAAUGCUAACCUUUUAUAUCCUAGACUAGAUAGGAGAAGCAAAGCUAUCAUAUGAUUUAGAAGCCAAAACCGCCCCUUAUGCACCUUGCAAACUGACCUGACCUUCUAGAAACGGUCCAGCUGGUGUAGUAGUAAGUAAUUUGGCCGUUUUUUAAAAAAACGGGCAGACUGAAUUCGGUUUUCAUUCUAUUUAAAGUUCUAUUUUAGCACUUCGGUUUAUUAUUCGUUAAAAAUACUCGGUCGGAUGUCGAUAUUUACUGUUUAUGAACCAAAGGGUAGCAGGUUCGAGCAUUUCAUAAAUAAUCUAACACCCUCCGACAGAUGGUUUCCCAUUGUGUGCUCGGGGUUCAUAUUCUUGCGCUAUAAAUAGCUUGAAGCGGCGAAGAUACUUAAACACCUGGAGCAGGGGUCGCGGCGGGUUUUGUAACAGUUUAAGUUAUUUAAGUUGUAAGUUAUUUUCACUUAAAAGUGAGAGCAUAUGUAUAGUAAACUAUACAACGAUGACAAGUGGACAAGCCGGUUGUGUGCCGGACAGUUUUAACCUGUUUAGCUAGUCGCCAGAGUGUGUUUCGGUUUGGUUUCGUUCGUGCUGCUCGCUGUUUACAAUGAGUUUAUAACAGGUUGACGUUGGACAGGACACUUUUGUUAAGGUUUUUGCGCUUCUAAUUAACCGACGAAUGGGCACAUCUGAAAUGGCGAUGGUCCUAUCAAAGAAAAGAACUUAUCAAGCAACAAAUGAAACUGGAAGCACAACAGAAAAUAUAUUUAAAAGAAAAACUAGUGAAAGAACACAAUGGUUGUAAAUUUACGGCAAAAGAUUGAACCCGGUUGAAUCCGGCUUGGGUUGGCAACAUCUACGUAAACUUGUUCUUUAUUCUACCGUUUUUUUUAAAUUUUUUAAAUUUAUUGUUAAUUUCCAUGUUUUAUAGUAGGUUUAUAGUAGAAUGUGCGGACGCAUGUGUGUUAAUGUGUGUAUGUCUGUCUGUAUUUGUUCGAUCGUGUAUGUGUGGCAGGUGUUCGUCAAUGAAAAAUGCUCAAUCGGAAACUUCCGAAGGUGGCGAUGGGAAGUGGGCUGAAAAACAAA